GGAGGCUUUGGGUAGCAUUGGGUAAUUCUAGGCACACCUCAGAGGUAAACAAACAUGGCUCACUGGUUCCACAGGAAUCCUCUCAAGGCUACGGCUGAGGUCAAAUUUGACCUAAAAAUGGUUGCGUCCGACAGUCAGGCAAUCAAAAUAUGUAGUGACCUACGUCAGGCAAGAUCAAGAUUGCUUCAACUACUUCCUAAUGCUAAUCAUGAAAUUGAUGUUGUGGAGCCAGCACUAACAUUGUACCUGGCCUUGUUGCGUGGUCUUAUAGAAGUCCCAGAAGAUCAAGGCUCGGAUUGGAGCAAAUUGAGGCAUGCUCUUCGUUUUCGCUGGACACACUCUGUGCUAGGAAAUCCACCUGAGUCUCACUUUGACACAAUAUUUGAACUGGUGUCAAUACUUCAGAAUGCUGCCUUCUGGUACUUUAAACAUGCCUCAAAAAUAUCUGCACAGGAAGAUGUUUCCAUGGAUGAAGCUAAGCUGGCACAUCGUAGUUUACGUCGCGGAGCUGGUCUGCUGAAAUAUGCUCAAGAAGAAUGGGUGAGCAAACUGUUAGAAGCCCCGAUUGCUGGAAGUGACAGUGAUCCUAGAGUUCAUACAGCUUAUAUCAAUCAGGCUACAGCUGAGGCUCAAGAAGUGACAAUUGCUCGAGCAAUAGAGUUGAAGCACAAUGCUGGACUUAUAUCUGCUCUUGCUAAUGAAACCUCCAAGAUGUUCACAACAGCUGCAGAUGCUAUUGCUUCUUUGGAGGAAAAAAAGUUUGGCCAUUGGACAAAAUAUCUUCGUUUGAAAGCUGCUUUCUAUGCCUCUUACGCAUAUAAUUAUGCAGGAGAGAACAUGUUGAACCAGGAUAAGUGUGGGGAAGCCAUUAGAUCUCUGCAGGAAGCUAAGAAGAAAUAUGAAGAGACUGGUGAACUUUGCAAGGAGUAUGCUCAGACCAAAGGACCUGGAGCACAUGUGAAACCAGAAAAGCAUGUAUUCUAUCGUCGGUUGGCCCCAAUUGUUGCCCGAACUCUGGAGAAAUGUGAGAGGGAAAAUGGGUUGAUUUACCAUCAAAAGGUUCCCUAUGAUCCUCCAGAGUUGGAAUUAAAAGCAACUUACGGUUUAGUGUCACCAGAUGAUUAUACUCUUCCUCCAUCUGCACCAUUGUGGACACCAGUUACCUACAGUGCAUUUGACCUAACAAAGAACCUUGCUGAUGAUCCCAGUGCUAAUCCAAAAGCAGCUCAGAAAGCUGAAGGUGAUUUACCAACAGUGAAGGAAGCAGAUGUACAUCAGACAUCAAAGGACCACAAAAAUAACAGUGGCUGCUCCGUUAUGUAACUAAUGAACAUCACGAGUCAAACAUCUAGAUUUGAACUGAAGUGGGAUACAAGGAAAGGAUGGUGUUCUUCAAACGUAUGAUUUAGUCACAAUUUCCAAUAAACAGAAUUAUUUUAUGCAAAUUUGGAUAUUUCAUGCCUCUGUUAAAUACAAAGUAUUAAUUUAAGUUUGCUUUUGUCUGAUUUUUGAUGAUUUUGAUACAGUAUAUUAAAAUUGUAUUUUUAUAUCACAGAAGGUUAUUUCCUGUAGUUUUCUUCUUACAUUCUUUGCAGGGUAAUUGAUUAAAAAAUUAUGAUUUAUAAAUUUCUUCAAAUAAUACCUCUAGACUUAAGUUUGAAAGAUGCAAAAAUUAUGGCUUUAAAUAUUUAUUAAAAGAAAUUUUUUGUCAUGAUAGGUUGAGUGAAGGGUUUGUGAGAGUGGGGCUAGUGAGAGAAGAGAGAGAGAGAGAAUGGGUGUGUGAUAGAUAGGGAGAGAGAGAGUGGAGGAAAGGGGAGACCUAUACAAAAAUGAAAGAAUGAAGGAUAAUAGAGAAAAAGAUUUUGUAUCAGAUGUGAAAAAACAUCUUCUCUUAAAUAAUUAUGUUAAAUAAUUAUUAUUACUGCUUCUAUGAAUAUACAAGCAAAUUUUAGAAGUAUGAAAUGAAUAAAAAAUUUACAAAUGUAGAGAAUGGUGCAAUUUGGCAUAUAACAUUAAUUUGUGUAUAACUGGCAUGCCCAAACAUUGUUCCAUAUAUGUACUAAUGUCCAAGAAGGAGGUAGAUACUGGGAUAAAAAGUUUAAUAAGAACAUAUCCGUAUUCCACAUUAACAGCACUUAGGUUAUCAAGGAAAAAUUCUAGGUUGGUGUAAAUUACAGGAAUCUUAAAAGACAUUUGAAAAUCAUGUUCACAGUUCACAGACAGUAAAGUCUGUUUACUCAGUAAAGUUUUCAGCUUUCUUCUUGCCAAGGAAUUGACAACAAAUGUCGAGAGACUUCUAUACUUUCAGCUCCUUAUGUUACAAGAUUUUGUAAAAUUUUCAAUCUCUUAUCACUUCUCUUGUUUAUGUGACAACUUUGCAUCACUAAUUUAGAGUUCUUGCUGAUAGUGAAACCAUCUUCCCUUCUUUAUUCAAAGCUUUAUUUUUUUUUAACUAAGCUGAACUUUGUGUAAUGGUGGAAAAUAAAUUUUCUUACAAUCUACCAAAUGGAUUAUGUGCAAAAGUUCCUCUGACAUGGUGUGAAAGAUUAAUAUAGUUCAUAGCCUAUUUGUGUAAUUACCUAAGUAGUUACAGGAUGAAAGCAAUGCUCUUGGUGUCUCGUCUUCCCAGCAUUCUUUGUCAUGUAACGCUUUGAAGUUGCUGAUGGUUUUAGCCUCUACCACCUUCUCACCUA